AUGGAAUCGUAUUCACCCAGUUCUUACAUCGCGAACAUCGCGCGCCAGCCUGUUCUUGUUAAGUUGAACGAUGGAACCAAUUUCUACGGAAUUCUUUCGAGUUUGGAUGAUCGCAUGAAUUUGGCCAUGGAGAAUACGAAGGAGUUUUGCGAUGGCCAACUUGUGAAAAGUUACGGCGACUCUUUCAUUCGUGGCAACAAUGGUAAUUAA